UUUUGUGUGCACACUUCUGUGCUUAAUUUUUGUGGGGACAGUGGAUUGUAAUAAAUAAGACCACUUUACAACCUCUUUAGACAGAGAUGUCUACCACCAGUCGUCUUUACCUGAAUGGACGUGCAUUGUCCACCUAUGAUGACUCUAAAGAUCUUGAUCCAUCUGUGUUAUCCUGUGAUUAUGGAGUUCAUGCAUCCCAGAUCAUAUCUGUGUUAUACUUUCUGUUCUUCGUGUUGGGCCUGCUGGGUAACCUGCUGGUGUUAUGGGUGAUGUUGAAGGGUGUAAAGCUGAGAAGCAUGACUGACAUCUGUCUCCUGAAUCUGGCUUUAGCUGAUCUCCUGCUGGUCUCCUCUCUCCCGUUCCUGGCAGACAAUGCCAGAGAUCAGUGGGUCUUUGGAGGCCCCAUGUGCACCAUGGUAUUAGGCGUCUAUCACAUUGGAUUCUACAGUGGGAUUUUCUUCGUUGUGCUGAUGAAUGUUGACAGAUAUUUAGCUGUGGUUCAUUCUGUGUAUGCUUUGAAAGACAAUACAAAGACAUAUGGGAUCAUAGCCAGUGUGGUCAUCUGGAUUAUUGCUGUUGCAGCAUCAUUUCCUGUGCUUAUGUACAUGAAAACCAAUGAUAAGAAAACAUUUUGUCAGGCUUAUCCAACAGGUAAUCAGAAAUCUCACCAUUAUGCAAAGACUAUUGGUAUUAUUAGAAUGAAUGUUUUAGGAUUAAUUAUUCCACUGUGUGUAAUUGGAUUUUGUAACUCAAGACUUCACAGACUCCUAACAGUUCGCUCUUCCAGGAAACAGUCUAUGAAACUUGUCAUUGUAGUGAUGGUUGCCGCCUUCUGCUGUUGGGCUCCAUAUAAUAUUGCAGCUUUUGUGAAAGCAUUGGAGCUAAAUAAUCUCAUAGAGCCAUCCUGUGAAAAAAGCAAAGCAAUCACUCUUAGUCUUCAGAUCACAGAAGCUCUGGCUUACUCACACAGUUGCUUGAAUCCCAUUCUCUAUGUGUUUGUAGGAGAGAAAUUUAGGGGGCACCUUUUUAGACUCCUGAACAAAACACCUGACAACAGGUGUUCAGGAUCUGUUUAUUCACAGACUACCAGUGAUGACAGACAUACUAUAGCAGUGUGAAUGAAAAGAAUCCACAAAUACCAUCAAAAAGGCACUUGCUUGAUAAUUGGGGGUAGUUUGGAGGUAAUAAAAAAAUGUCAGAGUUAAUUUACUUUGACAUCUAGUAAGUGAAUGUUUAUGGUAUGGUUCUGGUCACCAUAGAGUAGCAUGGGCAGUCAAGAUCAAUGAUCAAUAACACUUUAACUUAUUUCAGAGGUUAAAUUGCAGUGAUUGUAAUUGGGUCUUAGGUCUCAUUGUAAAAAGCUUGUUAGAGAUGCAUGUUAUGUAAUGGUUAGAGUUGACUGUGUAAUUUUCUUCAAUAGGUUUUAUAUGCGCUUGAAAAGGGUUUCCUUUAAACAUGCUAGAAAUAUGAUCUCAACCAUGAUUAAACUGUAUGAUCUGUGUUUAAAGCCUUAAAUAAACCUUGCUUUCUGUAUUUUUCAGUGUUUAUGCUCAAUAAUAAUGCAUGGUUGUUAAGAGAUUGUUUCAGUCAAAAUGUCACAUUGACAGAUG